UCCUGAUUUUGAAGUUACAACUAUGUUUGAGCCCAGAGAUGAUAGUAGUGCUGAACAUGUCAAGACGAGAACCGUGUCUAUUAACAUUACUGUUGGAAACGAAUAUGCCAUCGUCAAUGGACUUGACGUUAUUACCGGAAAAGCCGAAGGACAUGGGACCGCAGCACAAGCAAUCUAUGUUCAGCAUGAAGAUAAAAAAACCAAGCUGAGCUUUAUCUCCAUGGAUACCAAGUUUACUCUGAAUUGGACGGUCAAGAAGCACAUCUUGAGUGUUUCCUUCACUGGGUCUGCCUACAAAAACAAACUGUGUGGGCUGCUGGGAAAUGCUGAUGGUGAUACUCGUAAUGACUUCCAAACACCGGAUGGCGCUGUUGUACGCGAUGCUGUUGAGUUUGGAGAAAGCUGGAAAGUGAAGGAAAAAAAAUGUGACUAAGGCAAUAGAAAUUAAUUUGCGGAUUUAAAACGUUCAACUGGUAGUAUGUAAUUUAUCACUUUAUUGGACAUGGAUAAAAGGACGCAUAUGUUGGUGGUGGUUGUCAUUAGAAGUAGAACACAGCAGUCUACGGGAAGGAAUGUCAGCAAAAUACGUAGCGUGUAGUUCAGAAAACUGUUUAGCGCAAGGAAAUAAAUGAAUACCUUAG